AUGCGCUUCCUUCAACUACUCUUCGUGACGAUUGCUGCUAGCGUGCUGCCAGUGAAAGCAUAUAGCUGUCGUCCUUUUCCUUCGUCAAUGAUCGAAUUCUCUUCCGAGUUUGAACAGCCAACUCCUCCUAUGAUAAAGGCCGAGUAUCAGACCAGCUUUAUCCAGCAUAAAUGGAACCAAAAUCUCUCGCACAUUACAACUGGCUUCAUCAAUAACUCGCCUUCUCAAAACUCCGUUCGUGUCGAUGAAGCCUUCGAUGGUAGCAUGGCCUCGUCCUUCUUCAAUUACGCCAAUUCCACCAAGGAAGGUCUGGUGGAGAACACUUUGACUACCUAUAGCUAUGAAUCCGAUAAGCCAGCUGUAUGGAAAGGAUUUGUCAAUUCGAACUUCCCCUUGUUCCAUGAGAAUAUCCUCGCCCAAAACGGUGCUGUUUUUGGCGGACUGGUCCGACGACAGUUCAAUGAUCACCUUGUGGCAGCUUGGAACAUUAUGUAUCAGGGAGCUAUUCCUGUUACGGUCUACGUGAGCAACUGCGAUCUUAUGGUUGGAUACGACUACUUCUCAGCCGGAUUGCGUACCAGAGUCAUCACCGAAUACUUCAACAUCCAGACCUAA